AUGCCGCUCAGCGCUGGGGACUUUUCGGGUACACCUGGCCGGGUGAGGUACACCUGCGCCACCCGGCUUCCCCUCGGGCCACCCGGAGGAGGGGUGUGGUCGGUGACCGGGCGGCCUCCGUGCGCCCCUUCCUCAUUCUCUGACUGCCAGAGAGUCCAACUCCUCCGCCGCCGAGCCCCGGGACUCACCUUCCCGCUCCACCGUUCUCCCUCCCGCGCCCCGGUGCGCUCCCCGGUUUUCCCGCGCCUUUCGCGCCCACCCCACCCUCGGCGUCUACCCAGCGCCCCCCGCGCGCGCCCGGCCGUCUGUACCUGCGCCGCGCGCGCGCGCGCACGCGCGCACCUCCAGGAACGCGAGGCGGGCGGGCGCGCGCGGCCCGACGGCCCCCUGCGGAGCAUGCGCACUGCGGCGCGCGCGCCCUAUUCCUCCUCCCGCCCCCCCCCCCCCGCCCGCCCGUCCCGCCAUCCCGCGGCUGAGUUAUGCCAAGUAUGUGAGGAGCCGGCGGCGGCGGCUAUGGGAAGCCUGGGCCGCCGCGGGCUCCACCGCCGACGGGGGGACUCUGUUCGGGGACGCCGAGCCGGGUUCUCGAGGCCGGAAGUGGAGGAGCGGGUGGGGAUGGCCGAGCCCGUGAGGAGGACUCCGUGCAGACCCGGCGAGAAGCGCGGUCCCGAGCGGCCGGCGCGGCAGCCAUCCUCCCCGUCGCGGUCCCCGGGGCCGCUCGGACCUCGCUCGCACGGGGAACCGCACCGCCUCCCGGCGGCGGGCCGCGAGCCGGGCUCGGACGACAGCGGCUCCGACGGGGACGAGGACGCCGAUUACUACGAGAACUUGCCCGGCGGCUCGGCGUCCCGGCCCGAGCCCGAGGGGGCGGAGGCGGAGCGGCGGCCCCGGCCCCGGCCCCCGCCUUCCCCGGCCGCGGGCUCCUCCCCGGGGGCGGAGGGUGGCCUCGGGGAGACGGGCAGGCUGCAGACCCAGUUGCGUGAGGCCUAUUAUCUGCUGAUCCGGGCCAUGCACGACCUGCCCCCGGACACGGGCACGCGGCCGGCCGGUGCCCGACUGUCCCGGCGCGCGGCCGCCGCUGGCCGGCGGGGACGCGGCGACCGCCCUCCGCUGCAGGUGUCCCCGCCCCGCUCCCCUCCGAGGGCACCGGGGGCGGGGAGGCGACGGCCGCUGCCUCCGCGGAUGCGACUGUCCCGGAGCCGGAGUCUCGAGAGUCUCCCCGCUGGCUCCCAAGCCUCGCCCCCCUCCUCGUCCCCGUCCGUCCCGCUCCUCCCGCGCUGGCCCAGCGACGGCUGGGUCGGGUGCGGGCCGCGCGGGGACCGAGACGGGCGCCCGCCACGUGCCGGCGCGAUGGACGGCUGGAGCGGCGGCGCCCGCCCGCCCCCGGCAGCACCCGCCGCCCUCCUGCCGCCCGGGUACCGCGGGCACCCGGCGGCUCGAUCCCCGGGAGGUCCUGGCGGAGACCCUGCGGCUUCGUCUGUGGGACGCGGAGGCCGGGAGGACCGUCGGGACGGGUCCACCUUCCUCAAGCCGCCGGCGGUGACAGUCAAGAAACUGCAGAAGUGGAUGUACAAAGGGCGCCUGCUGUCCCUGGGGAUGAAGGGCCGCCCCCGUGGGCCAUCCCCCCAAGUGCAAGGGACCCCUGCGGCCCCUCCAAAUCUGGACCCUUGGAAAGUGCCCGAAAACCACGUCUUCUCGGUGUCUCCAGACCAAAAGAUCACUUUGACAGACUUAUUUGAAAAUGUUUAUGGUUCUUCAGUGAAGAGGAGAGAACUUGAAGACCUAAAGGAUGACACUGAACUCAGAGAUCAUAAGCCACUUAACAGCAUCACUGUUUCCAAGAAACGCAAUUGGCUCUAUCAGAGUACCCUGAGAUCUCAGAGUGUGGAAGAAAAUAAGAAAUACCAGGAUCGAGGUCCUUUACCUGUUUCACCUUUGUCCCCUCCUAAACAUCAGCUAUCACAACCUUCCUUCAGAUCAACAGAAGAAAACUUUACGUAUAUGGUGUGUAAUGUGCCCAGCUCUUCACCAUCACGAAACUGUCCUUUAGACUUCACUGAGGAAAAUGAUGCCGAUGAUGAAGGAGAGAUAUGGUACAACCCCAUCCCUGAGGAUGGCGAUCUUGGCGGAUCCAGUGCUUUGGGUUGUGGAGAGGCAAACCCUGCUGGUCAGAAGCUUCCUGCUCUGUUUGUUGGUGACAUGAAGAGAGUAGAGCCAUCUACUGAAGAUGUGUUGUGCCCUGGCCAACACACAGGUGAUGCUCAGAGCACACAAUCAAAUGGGAUGAGUCCUGUAGAUCCACUGUAUUCUGUGGAAGCUAUGCCGCAGUGUAUGCAAAGGCCUGGGCACAAGACACAUGAAGGAAUGAUGGAUGACAGCCCCGUGAUGAAAUCUGUGGUUGCAGGUCCUAGGAACUUAGCUGCUACAAGUAGGACCGAAUUGGGAGUCACGGAGCCACCUUCUCCAAGUCCUGGCCCUGCAAAGAAAGGCAGUUCUAUUAACUGGUCUUUGCCUGAUAAAAUCAAAUCUCCACGCACAGUGAGAAAACUGUCCAUGAAAAUGAAAAGGUUGCCAGAAUUUAGCCGAAAACUGAAUGUUAAGGGAACCUCACACUAUACAAACAGUCCAGAUAACACCCAUCCCUUGUCUCAAUGUCACUGUCGAGAAAUUCCUCAUACUGUCAUUCUGCCUUCUGGGAACCCAACGCCAGCUGCUAAAAGGAAUGUUAUAAGCAGGUACCAUCUUGAUACCACUGUAUCUUCUCAGCACAGCUACCAGAAGAAAGCCUCAGUGAGCUCAAAGUAUUCCUGCAGAGGUGGUUACCUCAGCGAUGGAGACUCACCUGAACUCAUAACGAAGUCUAGUAAACAUGGAUCGGAAAACAAAAUUGGAAAAGGGAAGGAAAUCAUUACAAACAGUUGUAACAAAAAUGAAAUAGACAUCGAUGCUUUUAGACAUUACAGUUUUUCUGAUCAACCCAAGUGCUCACAGUACAUAUCUGGACUCAUGAGUGUGCAUUUCUAUGGCGCGGAGGAUUUGAAACCGCCCCGGAUAGAUUCCAAAGAUGUCUUUUGUGCAAUUCAGGUUGACUCAGUAAACAAAGCAAGAACAGCUUUGCUCACAUGUCGAACAACAUUUUUAGACAUGGAUCACACUUUCAACAUAGAAAUUGAAAAUGCACAGCAUUUGAAACUAGUGGUGUUCAGUUGGGAGCCCACGCCAAGAAAAAACCGAGUAUGCUGUCACGGAACUGUCACUCUCCCCACUUUAUUCAGAGUGACAAGGACUCACCAGCUGGCUGUCAAGCUCGAGCCUAGAGGUCUUAUUUAUGUGAAAGUGACACUGAUGGAACAGUGGGAGAAUUCUCUGCAUGGCCUAGAUAAAAAUCGAGAAUCAGUAAUAUUUGGUGUUGAUAUUCAAAAAGUUGUAGAACAAGAGAACGUGGGCUUGAUGGUGCCUCUCCUGAUACAGAAAUGUAUUGUGGAAAUUGAAAAGCGAGGCUGUCAGGUAGUGGGCCUUUAUCGAUUAUGUGGCUCAGCAGCAGUCAAGAAAGAACUUCGGGAGGCAUUUGAGAAGGAUAGCAAAACUGUUGGUCUAUGUGAAAACCAGUACCCAGAUAUAAAUGUAAUAACAGGUGUCCUUAAAGAUUAUUUGAGAGAGCUUCCUUCUCCUCUGAUAACAAAGCAGCUGUAUGAGGCCGUAUUAGAUACAAUGGCAAAAAGUCCUUUGAAAAUGUCGUCCAGUGGUUGUGAGAAUGAGCCCAGUGACUCCCAGUACACUGUUGAUCUGCUAAAUUGUCUGCCAGAUGUUGAGAAGGCAACUCUAAAGAUGCUGUUGGAUCACUUGAAGUUGGUGGCUUCCUACCAUGAAGUGAAUAAGAUGACCUGUCAGAAUUUGGCUGUGUGCUUCGGACCAGUGUUGCUAAGUCAGCGGCAAGAGACCGCCGCCCACAACAACAGAGUCUUCACGGAUUCGGAAGAGCUUGCAAGUGCCUUGGAUUUUAAAAAACACAUUGAAGUUCUUCAUUACUUACUUCAACUCUGGCCAGUGCAACGUUUAACUGUCAAAAAAUCAAAUAAUCUGAACCCGGAGCAGUCAUCUUCUCUCAGUUGUCUGAGGCGGAAGAGAGACCGGCCUUACGUGUGGAAUCUGAGCAGUCCCAGUUCCUCGGGCGUCCUGAGGCCCAGGCCCACCAGACUGGACAGCGCGCUUAGCAAUCGCUAUGCGGGAGACUGGAGCAGCUGUGGAGAAGACUAUGUUUCAAAAGGAAAUGUCAAGGAUGUGGAUUAUGAUGAUGUGCCUUUAGAUGAUAGAGAGGAUUAUAGCAAACUGGAUGGACCAGAAAUAAUGAUCAGAGAGCAAAUCCCCGGGUCCAGAGAGUGCACCCUUCAGACAUACUUGACAAUGCAGACAGUCGAGUCCACAGUGGAUCGGAAAGCUAACCUCAGAGACCUGCAGGAAAGUAUUGACACUCUGAUUGGCAACCUGGAACGUGAGCUCAACAAAAACAAGCUGAAUAUGAGUGUGUGAGACUGACAGGUUUUGUUGAUUAGUAAUAUCCUAAAUUUCGAGUCAGUUCUCCUCACUUUUCUUUUCUUACAUUUCUCAGUAGGGCUGCUUUCUUUUCUUUUCUUUUCUUUUCUUU